UUCUGCUUCUUGGGAUCUAUAAAAACUGAUGUAAUCUGCUUUCCCUGAUUUUACUCUGAAAAUGUCUACUUUUUCACAGAGAUCACUGUUUCAUAGUCUCCUAAGAUCAUUAUGUCUUCGGUUUGAAUUUUUGUCUCAGUAUUCCUUUGAUCUGUAAUCUCCCUUCUUCUCCUUCUCCUUCUCCUUCUCCUUCUCUCUCUGUCUCUGUGAAGACUGAAGAGUGUGAAGAGGAAGAAUCUCAAACACAAGGCAUCUGCAUCAUCGAGCAAAAUCAAGCAAUUCUUGGGCUUUUUUUAAAUAAAAAAAAAUUGUAAGAAAAUGGCUUUCUGUCUGUAAAUUGUUUUGUUUUUGUGUUAUUGUGUUUGGUUUGUUUGAGCUGUAAAGGGCCACCAUUGCCCACAAACCUCCGUUCUUGACGUCUCUCUGUUUCUUUUUGGACGGAAAAAAAAAUUAUUCUUUUUUAGAAUUCUCUUUGGAUACUGAGAGUUUUCGUUUUUUUCUUCUUUCAGUGGUUUAGUGGCCUUCCUUUUCUCUUAAAUUUUUAUUAUUAUCCCUUUUGGUUUGUGGAGAAACUUCUCGGUUUGGUGGGUGGGGCGUUAUUUUUUUUCCUUCUCUUCCUCGUUUCUUCUUGCUUUCGACAUGUAAUUUGAUCGAUUUCGAUCGUAUUUCUCCAUUGGAAUUGGGUUUCUCUCUCCCUCCCUCCUUCUCAGAGACAUGUCUCCUGUUGCCAAGGUCUCUGAGUUUUAUAGGGAAGGAAAUCACUGGUUUUGUAAAGCAGGGUUGCCAAGUGAUUUCGUUGUGGUUGUGGAUGAUGUGAAGUUUCACCUUCAUAAGUUUCCGCUCGUGUCGAAAUGCGGUAAGAUCGCUCGGAUCUAUGAAGAGUCUCGAAACAGUAACGGGAAAUCUGUCCACACCACUGAGCUCGAAGAGUUUCUGGGUGGCCCGGAUAAUUUCUUGACCGUGGCUAAGUUCUGUUACUCUGGAAAGGUAGAUUUCACGCCGAGAAACAUAGUAUUCGUAUACUGCGGGGCAGAGUACCUCGGGAUGACAGAUGAGCUUGGAGAAGAUAACUUGAUUUCCCGGUCGGAAAAUUUCUUGCACAAACACGUACUGAAUAAUUGGAAAGACUGUAUCUUGGCUCUUCAAAGCUCGGACCCGGUUCUUGAAAAAGCAGAAAAGAUUCAGAUAAUCCCGAAAAUCAUGAGCGCCAUAUCCACGAUGGUGUGUACUGACCCGAGUCUCUUCGGGUGGCCGAUGAUGAUGUAUGGAAGCUUGCAGAGUCCGGGAGGGAGCAUCCUGUGGAAUGGAAUAAACACGGGGGCAAGAAUAAGAAGCUCGGAUUCAGAUUGGUGGUACGAAGAUAUCUCUUCCUUGAGCAUAAAUUUGUUCGAAAAGCUCAUCAAGACGAUGGAGAUGAGAUGUAUACGGGCAGAAAGCUUAGCCGGUGCGAUGAUUUAUUACGCGAGGAAGUAUCUGCCUGGGUUGGGACGGUGGCAGGGCGGUAGCAAAAGCAGGUCAGUCGCGAGUUUUGGCUCGAAACCUGUUUCUACGAUCGAUCAGAAGCUUCUGCUCGAAACCAUCGUAAGACUUCUUCCCGAGAAGAGAGGAAGAUCCUUCUGUAGGUUUUUGUUAGGUCUUCUUCGGGUUUCGUUCAUUCUCGGAGGCGAUUCCAGCUGCGUAGAGAAUCUGGAGAGGAGGAUAGGGAUGCAGUUAGAGCUGGCAACAGUCGAGAAUCUUCUGAUUCUUAACUAUUCCGAUUCGGAAACUCUGUACAAUGUGGAUUGUGUUGAGCGGAUAAUAUGCCAUUUCGUGUCGUCGGGUUCACGGUUACCGGCCUUUUCCCCUCCGUCAUGGGACCUUGAAACGUCGCCCUCAUCGAGAAAAGUUGCGAAGUUGGUUGAUAGCUACAUGGCAGAGGUUGCUUCUGAUGUGAAUCUGAAACCCGAGAAGAUGCAAUCUCUUGCGGCAGCUCUUCCGGAGUCUUCUAGAUCUUUACACGACGGUCUGUAUAGAGCGCUCGAUAUCUAUUUCAAGGGGCAUCCAUGGCUUUCGGACAUCGAAAAGCAACAACUCUGCAACAUCAUAGAUUACUCGAGACUCUCCAUAGACGCGUGCGCUCACGCGUCGCACAACGAGCGGUUACCGCUCCGUGUCAUUCUCCAAGUCCUCUUCUUCGAACACAUGCAUCUCAGAACCGCUCUGACCGGCGUCCUCAACAUCGAAAACGCCGAAAACGGUGUCAGGACAGGACAUGAGAUUGUCCGGAGAGACGGGUGGGUAACCGUUGUCCGCGAAAACAAUGUCCUGAAGGUGGAUAUGGAGAAGAUGAGAUCUCGGGUGGGGGAACUGGAAGAAGAGUUUCAGAAGAUAAAGCACGAGAUGAAGAGUGUGAGCUGCAAGUCACAUAGCUCUAUGGCAGCGGCCUCGCCUCGUCUGGUGAAGAUCGGUUGCAAGCUUCUUCUCCCUCGUGGUUCGGAUGCCAAAAACGACGUCGUUUCCUCUACUCCGAGAUCUUCUUCCGCCGACCGUGAUGCUCCUCGCCCUUCCCGCCAUUCCAGACACCGGAAAAGCUUCUCAUUCUUUUGAAAGUUUCCCUCCAAACACAAUCAGACACAAAAAGCAUCUCUGUUUUUUUUUUUCUGGGCAUUGUCCAGAAAAAAAAAGCUUCUCCCUUUUUCACUGUAAUUCUCCUCCGAGAAAAAAUCCGACAACGGAAGCUCGACAUCUGAAGCCUUGCCUGAAGAUUCAGCUACCUGGUUUCAGACAUGGGAAUUCACGACAGAUAAGUACAUAGGCAGAGUUCAACGUUUACAGAAGAAGAUAGUAUAUUCUUGAUUUGUUCAUUUUGCUUUGGUUUGUAGAUCGUCUCCAUGUAAAUGAAUAUUGAGGUUUGGGGAAAAGAGAGAGUAGCUUACGCAGUUAUGUAAGAAGAAUAUCGCAAGCGCAUUGACGAGAAUCCAUUAGGACCAAUAAUAUGUUGCCACA